ACCGCGGAGCCCCUGCCUGGGAGAACCGGGAGAGAGAGAGAGAGUGAGAGAGAAGGAGAGAGAGUGAGAGAGAGAGAGAGAGAAACAACAAUAACUGUGUGUCAUUAUUUUUGGGAGAGUGUUCAUACUGCACCCCCUCCCUCCCCUCCUCCCUCGCCACCACCAACACCACUUCCACACCGCUCUGUCGCACCAGUUGGACUAUACAAUUUUUUUUUUAUUCUUCUUCUUUAUUUUUUUUUAUUAUUGUUGUUGUUCCUGUCUUUCUUUCUGGAGGAGAGAGACAUUUGACGGGAAGCAGGAGAGAACGCUGGUGCACCACACACACCACUCCUCCUCCUGUCCCACCCAUGCUGUAGCUCCUUUUCCUCCCUUGCUCCUUUUCCUUCCAGUUGCCUUUGCACUGUGGCGAGGAGGUGAUCUGAGCCUGAGUCUCUGGGGCUCCCUGCGCCCCCCCCCUGAGCCCCCCAGAGCCCCAGAGCCCACCUUGGAUGAGCUGAGGUAUAUGGAAGUUGUGGGCUGCAAGAGAGAGGCAAGCAGUUGCAAGUUGCGUCCAGGACCGGGAGCCAUGCUUUUCCACGGGAUCUCCGGGGACCACAUCCAAGGGAUCAUGGAGGAGAUGGAGAGGAGGUCGAAAACGGAGUCUCGGCUGGCGAAGGGCAUGCAGCUGAACGGGAGAGAGUCGACCAUGCCCUCCAUGAGCCCGGAGAAGCCUGCUCUGUGCGCCGGCUGCGGAGGGAAGAUCUCGGACAGAUAUUACCUCCUGGCCGUGGACAAGCAGUGGCACCUGCGAUGCCUCAAGUGCUGUGAAUGUAAACUGGCGCUGGAGUCGGAGCUAACGUGUUUUGCAAAGGAUGGAAGUAUCUACUGCAAAGAUGAUUACUACAGAAGGUUCUCCGUGCAGAGGUGCGCGCGCUGCCACCUCGGGAUCUCGGCCUCGGAGAUGGUCAUGCGAGCACGUGACUCCGUGUACCACCUGAGCUGCUUCACGUGCACCACGUGCAACAAGACCCUCACCACGGGGGACCACUUCGGCAUGAAGGACCUGCUGGUGUACUGCCGCCUGCACUUCGAGGGCCUGGGGGGGCUGCCCGGCCCGGACUACCCCCCCCAGCUCAACUUCGCAGAGCUGGCGGCCAAGGGGGGGGGCGGCCUGGCGCUGCCCUACUUCACCGGCACCGGCAGUGCCCAGAAGGGCCGGCCGAGGAAGAGGAAGAGCCCGGCCAUGGGGAUCGAUAUACCCAGCUACAACACAGGCUGCAACGAGAAUGACACGGAUCACAUGGACCGGGACCAGGGGUCCUACGCUCCGACGCAGAAGACCAAGCGCAUGCGGACCUCCUUCAAACACCAUCAGCUGCGGACAAUGAAAUCCUACUUUGCCAUCAACCACAACCCAGAUGCCAAGGACUUAAAGCAGCUGGCCCAGAAAACGGGCCUCACUAAGAGAGUUCUCCAGGUUUGGUUCCAAAACGCAAGAGCCAAAUUCAGAAGGAACGUUUUGCGACAGGAGAAUGGAGUUGAUAAGGCUGAUGGCACCUCACUCCCUGCACCCUCAUCCGACAGUGGGGCCCUGACCCCCCCCUCCAGCGCGGCCACACUAACAGACCUGACAAACCCCUCUAUCACUGUAGUGACCUCCGUCACCUCUAGUUUGGACAGCCAUGAUUCGGGGAGCCCUUCACAAACUACCUUGACAAACCUUUUCUAACAAGCUAUCUCUAGCGGAUUGAUUUAUUUUUAUUUUUUAUUUUAUCUGAUUUUUAUUUGCUGGUUUGUUUUUGAAUUUUAUUUUAUCUUCUUCGAUUGACAUUUUAUUUUUUUAAGUGACACCUUUAAAUGAACCAGAGACAGCUCCUUGGCACAGAACGUGCUGUACUGUGUACACAAACAAGAAGAACAGGAACAAGAACAGCAGCGACCACAUUAAAACACGAGGAAUCAUUUUAAUGUGUAGCAUUUGAAACCGCACGGCAGCCAUGACUGUAGUUGACUCGCAGGACGCAGAUCUCAAUCUUGGAUAAGACUUUUUGAACUUGAAGGCAUUAGAAAAGUUGUUGUGUGUUUCACAGCCUAUUUGGAAAAAAAUAACGAAACUUGAAUCUUGUCUGAAAAAAUAAGUAGUUUUACUUGAUUUGACUUGAUUUGUACAUUUGUAUUGAAUUAUGAUCAAAUGAUCCCUCUCUAAUUUAUGGUUAAUUGGUAAAUAAUAUGAAUAUUCUGCACUCAGAACCCUGUAUAUGUAUGCACUGUGUUCGCACUAUCCAAUUUAAAGAUUUUUUUUCUGUUUGGAAUAAUUUGGGAAAUAAACUUGUAGAAUGUUCUGUAUUGGGUAACUCCAGAAAACAGGCUUUAAUUAUUUCCGUAUGUUUCAGUCUGUGAGACUGAGUUGGACGGAAUCGGCCAUUGGGAUAUUUCACAGAGCUACGUGUAGAACGUCUAAAUUACAUUACAAGCACCCAACCAUCGCGGCUAAGAUGGCAGGUAGAUGCCCCAAAAACCACACACACACAUUUUUAUGUCUUGAGAAAUUCAAGAAGCUAGUCCCACAGUCUGUGCAGUGGUGACUGUCCGACAUGUAACGCAGUCACAUCAACACAAGAGCUUGGUGAUUAGAGGCGAGCAGGAGGAAUUCAGAUCGGAGAGCAGUUAACGGGCACCGUUGUAGUCGACUGUUUCCUUGACAGAGCACUUUUUCAGAUUCGUUGUCCUCAUCGAUUCACCGCAGGCAAAUGGAUGAAUCCUAGCAAACAUAUCCAUAGAUCCACAGCUAAACUCAAUUGCACAGUGACAAUAUACUGCCCAGUGAAAAGUGCAUUAUUGUUUUUAUCAUGUUGCUCAGGGUAACAAUGUGAUUUUUUGAAAAAAGGGAAAAGGAGUAAGGGGGGGGGGGGUGCGACGUUGCAGACUAGAUUUGUCGAGCUGACACAAACAUUCAAAUGACCUCAGAUAGGUGGAGUCGUGAGAGGCAGCCAGUGGGAAAUCAUCGUCCAUGUGUUCUCUCUUUUGGCCAUAUUUAUACUUUCUUUAAUGACACUUGCCACUGAACAGAAACCAAAAACAUGUUUCUUCUGGCUGAAAGGUAGAGGAGGGAAAGAAAAAAGGAGAGAAAGAGGGAAAGAGCAAAUCUUCAAUGGAGUUGAUGCAUUUCAUUGUGAGCGCGUCACAGUUUGUUCUACUGUAGAACAAAGUGGUAACUCUAGAUCUACUCGAUGAGGUAGACGCCUAACUCAGUUCUACUAUGUGCCUUAUGCUAUAACUUGGGAGAAAGUUUGUGAAAUUCAGGAUAUAUGUGUUCUUUGUUAACUGAUUCACAUCCUUUUGACGCCUCACUAGUUUUGUACUGUUUUGCAUCUUAUUUCCGAAGAUCUUUUUUUUGGUGUAUCCUGUUUUUAAAAAAGGGGGCAGCGAUGUCAUAGAAAGCAUUUGUGCACUCUUUCAGAUAUAGUUGGGUAAUCCAAGAACCUUAUAUAUUGAUCUUCGUGUUAAUAGUUGAGUACAGUAAGUGUUCUAUCAAGAUUGUCCAUGUUUCCCUGUUUCUUGAUAAAGAUGGUGUAUAGAAACUAUUUCCCCUUAAAUAUUUAUGGACCAAACGGUUGUUAUAUAUCUUAUUAAAUUUGUGUGAAUAAAACUA